UGUCCUCCACGUCUAAUUGCCCCUGGAUCUGCAGCUCGUAGGGCAUUGGCACCCGCGUCCCGGACGGGCACGAAUCUCUCGCUGCAGCCCCCGACGCGUUCCGUUCGCCCGUCCUUGUGAUGAUGCUGCAGGUUGCAUCCUGCCAGAUAUUGAGACAUGUCCCGACCUUCACAAUAUGCCCUCCAUGCCACCCUGGGGGAGCAAGAGAACAGGCUGCCGUGGAGUCCUCUGCCCUCCGUCCCACAGCUGUCCACUCUGGCCGGUUCCGGUGCUUUUUCAGGGACGAUGCAUCUCCUCCUCCUGGCUCUCCUCACUUGCCUGACAUCCGUAGUUAAGGGGAAGAUAUUUGGGCGUUGCGAACUGGCCCACAAGUUGAAGGCAGCGGGCUUGGAUGGGUACCAUGGAUACAGCCUGGCUAACUGGGUCUGCUUGGCCUUCUACGAGAGCCACUUUAACUCGGGAAUGGUGGACCAUGAAGCCGACGGCAGCACCAGCAACGGCAUCUUUCAGAUCAACAGCCACGUCUGGUGCGAUGACCUCGAGCAUCCGUCCCCGAAUCUCUGCGAUCUGCACUGCACAGAUUUGCUGACCAGUAACCUCAAUGAUGACAUUACCUGUGCUAUGCGGAUUGUGCAAUCUCCCAGAGGCAUGGGGACUUGGAUGGCUUGGAGGAACAACUGCGAAGGCCUUGAUUUGUCUCACUGGCUGAAAGGAUGUGACUUGUGAGAGGAGCCAGGUGGGGAAAAGACCUCUGUGGAAAUGCUUGGGGCCCGUCAUGUGGCGUCGCUGACUUCUGGGAGCGGAACAGUCGGACACGGGCGGACAAAUGUGAUUCCAGCUCCGCUCGGGCCCUUUUACCGAGGAAAGGGACCGUCGCUCCUAGAGUGAGAGCCAGAUCUCGCGGCAUAAAAAAGAUUUGUUCACA